ACCAAAAUACAUUUACUCAAAUCCCGCGAAAAAAUAUAUAAAAGAAACGAUUAUAUCCCAGAGAAUUCGAGAAGAAAAAAGAGGAAUCGAAGUAACGUGUCUCGCGUGAACAAGUUACGUGGUGAACUGAUGAGACUAUCUGACACACAACAGAAGCCGAUCAACACGGAACGGUGACGUCAUAAACAGAUUCGCCGGAAUCAACUGUAACCGAUGGCGGAGCACGGCGGCGGAGGAGGAGGAUGUUGUCCGCCGAUGGAUCUGUUCCGUUCAGAACCGAUGCACUUAGUACAGAUCAUCAUUCCUAUCGAGUCUGCUCACUUGACUGCUUCUUAUCUCGGAGAUGUUGGCCUCAUUCAGUUCAAAGAUUUGAAUGCAGAAAAAAGCCCUUUCCAACGAACAUAUGCUGGCCAGAUUAAAAGAUGCGGAGAGAUGGCACGGAAAUUGCGGUACUUCAAAGAACAAAUGUCAAAGGCGGGUUUCACACCCACGGUGAAAACUGAUGGAAAAAGUGAUAUUAGUCUGGAUGACCUAGAGGUAAAACUUGGAGAUCUUGAAGCCGAGCUGAUUGAAAUAAAUGCAAACAGUGAAAAGUUGCAGCGUGGUUACAAUGAGCUUGUAGAAUAUAAACUUGUCCUACAGAAGGCUGGAGAGUUUUUCAAAGCUGCACAAACCAGUGCUGUAGCUCAACACAGGGAAGCUGCAUCAGAUCAGGGUCCUGAGGAAUCUUUGGAAACUCCUCUUCUGACAGAUCAAGAAUCAAAAACCGACCAAGGGAAACAAGUUAAACUAGGGUUACUUGCUGGUCUUGUGCCUAAAGCAAAAGCUAUUGCUUUUGAAAGAAUUCUAUUCCGUGCUACAAGGGGGAAUGUCUUUUUGAAGCAGGCUGCUUUGGUAGAAGCUGUUGUCGAUCCUAGCUCGGGAGAGAAGGUUGAGAAAACUGUAUUUCUAGUUUUCUUUUCUGGAGAAAGAGCAAAAACCAAAAUCCUCAAAAUAUGUGAAGCUUUCGGGGCAAAUCGUUACCCUUUUGUUGAAGAUGUUGGUAAACAAGAACAGUCAAUAACUGAGGCAUCUGGAAAGAUAUCUGAGAUAAAGACAACAAUAGAUGCUGGCCUUCUACACCGUGGCAACCUGUUACAAACAAUUGGAGAAGAAUAUGAACAGUGGAAUCUUCUGGUGAGGAGAGAGAAGUCUAUUUAUCACACUCUAAAUAUGCUCAGCAUUGAUGUGACAAAGAAGUGUCUUGUGGCUGAAGGAUGGAGUCCCAUAUACGCAACCGAACAGAUUCAAGAUGCACUGGAGCGGGCAACGACAGAUUCAAACUCACAAGUUGGUGCCAUAUUCCAGGUUUUGCACACAAAAGAGUUACCUCCAACCUUUUUCCGGACAAACAAGUUCACUGAUUCCUUUCAAACAAUCAUUGAUGCAUAUGGGGUUGCAAAGUACCAAGAAGCAAAUCCUGGAGUGUAUACUAUUGUCACAUUCCCGUUUCUGUUUGCUGUAAUGUUCGGUGACUGGGGCCAUGGUAUAUGCCUGCUGCUUGUAACUUUAGUUUUGAUCUUCAAGGAAAAGAAAUACUCCACUCAGAAGCUUGGAGACAUAAUGGAAAUGACCUUCGGGGGUCGUUAUGUUAUAUUGCUGAUGUCACUUUUCUCAAUCUACACGGGGUUGAUCUAUAACGAGUUUUUCUCGGUUCCAUUUGAGCUAUUUAGUCCUUCAGCAUAUGUAUGCCGUGAUGCUUCUUGCAGUGAAGCUACAACAAUUGGGCUGAUAAAGGGAAGGGAUACAUACCCAUUUGGUGUGGAUCCCGCCUGGUAUGGGAGUCGAAGUGAGCUGCCGUUUCUCAACUCCUUGAAGAUGAAAAUGUCGAUCCUUCUUGGUGUAGCACAAAUGAACCUUGGGAUAAUAAUGAGCUUCUUCAACGCGUUGUACUUUGGGAAUUCUGUAAAUAUUUGGUUCCAAUUUAUUCCCCAAAUGAUCUUUUUGAACGGUUUGUUUGGAUACCUUUCCAUGCUCAUCAUCGUAAAAUGGUGCACUGGUUCAAAAGCUGAUUUAUACCAUGUAAUGAUAUACAUGUUCCUUAGUCCUACUGACGAACUUGGUGAAAACCAGCUUUUUGCAAACCAGAAAACUGUUCAGCUUGUGUUGCUACUACUAUCCCUAAUCGCCGUUCCGUGGAUGCUGCUACCUAAGCCGUUCAUUUUAAAGGCACAACACAACAGGACACACCAAGGCCAGUCCUAUGUACCCAUUGCAGGCGAAGACGAGUCAUUACAAGUGGAGGCAAGUCAUGAUUCCCAUGAUAAUGAAAAAUUUGAGUUCAGUGAAGUAUUUGUUCAUCAACUCAUUCAUACGAUUGAGUUUGUACUCGGGGCAGUAUCGAAUACAGCUUCGUAUCUUCGUCUAUGGGCACUCAGCUUGGCACAUUCAGAGUUGUCAACCGUGUUCUAUGAGAAGGUUCUUCUUCUUGCUUGGGGGUACAACAACGUCAUCAUCUUUAUGGUUGGCGCAAUCGUGUUUAUUUUUGCAACGAUUGGAGUGUUACUCGUAAUGGAAACUUUAAGUGCCUUCUUACACGCGUUAAGACUUCACUGGGUUGAAUUUCAAAACAAGUUUUACGAGGGUGACGGUUACACGUUCCACCCUUUCUCCUUCGCAUUACCCGGUGACGAGGAUGAAUAAAUCAUGUUCUAAGCGGCAAGGUCGCUCUAUCCCCAUAUUCGCAUAAUGUUGUGAACUUCUCUUUUUGCCCCUGUUAAUAAAUAAAAGGACGAUUUGUUGUGGAGGGCAGGAGUGAGAUUUCACAGCUAUGUAUUUUCUUUGUUCUUUUCUCAGUGUUGUUGUUGAAAGCUGGGAACAACUGCAUGUAUAUAAUAACUUUAUAUUCAGAUACUCAAGUAGAUGUGUCAAAAUUCUUAUGAAGGUUAGUGUUUAGACGUGA